AUGGAAAACCCAAAUGUCAUGAAGAUGGAGGUAAAAUGGACCGGCGAAGUAAAAUGGACUCCCUUGUGUGUUACUGAUGGAGAGAGAAGAGAGCACCGUCGGCAAAAGCAACCGUUGCACAAAAGCCUGAGAGCCGAAUCUCAGGUUUCGGUGCUGAUACGUCACUUGCUGGAGAAUGGUUACAACGCGAACGAUCGUCCAGUGUUGAACGAGAACGAAACACUCAAUUUGUCGAUCAGUGCCAACGGGCUCAGCUUGUUGCGAAUGGACCAAGCAGAAGAGACCGCCACAUUCUCCGCGGAAUUCAUUCUCCAGUGGAACGAUGCCUUCCUCAAAUGGGAUCCUGAUGAGCACGGUGGCCAAACAAGGGUGAAAAUCAAGGAAGUGGAGAUAGCUCAAAGGCGGAUUGUAGAAUGUGCCUUGGAGCUAUCUGGAUGUUCAGCUCGUCGAACAUGGCUCCAUGUCAGAGGUCAUGCUAUUGGAGUUGGAGAUCUACCGAAAGAUGAUCGAGUGCGAGGAGAAGAGAUGGGGAAAACGCGAAGUUACCAGGCACUACGAGUCGCUCUCACAGAUUACGAAGCACAGAACAUACGAGUAUCCAUUCAUCUACAAAGAAUGGAGCGGACACUAAGUGAAUUCCAGGGCGACAUUCGCAUCAAAGAUUGCGAUGAACAUGGUACGCAAGUGGUCAUUGAGAAUGCCGGUGUAGUCGAGCAUCGUCUAAGUGGCUUCCGUGUGAGCCGUGUAGUAGACGGCAUGGAGAGAUCUUUCACGUUCCCGCCACAAUUCGUCCUCCACGCGGGACAAACCGUACUG